CAUGAACUGUACAAGCAUUAUAAUCCUAAUAUUAGCCUGUUUGGCUCGGCCCCAUACAUUCAAAUAACCUUUUAUGAGUAACUAAUAGGUCCCUUAGCAUAUCAAAGGAGGCCGUAGAACACGUGUUUGUUGUUAUUUAAAAAACAAAUAAAUUGGUGCCGUUAAGGUUUUUUUAAGAUAGUUACCAUGACUACACUCACAGACUGAGAAUUGAGGCGGAGGAGACGCGACAGAGCCAGUUCAAAGCUCCGGACAGUGAUAGCAUCUCUAUAGUGGCUGUGAUGGAGAAAGAGCAGAGGAAACAACGUGUCCAGAGGAUCUCCCUGGUGGAACAAGUGACUGUGAGGACCAGCAGGAAAGAAGACAUUGAUCGGGAGAGAGUCCUUUUAGAGAUAUAUCUAAUGGAGAAACGGUCAGAAAUUAGAACAAUUAACAAAGCUAUGAGAGAACAGCAGAAAAGUCUGAAACUUCUUAUAGAGAUCCUAAAGAAAGAGAAUUGGAUCCUUGAGAAGUCACUCAAGACGACUGAGGAGAAGUCUGCAGAAGACAGAAUACUUUUUGAAAAAGCAAACAAGUCCAAACGAGAGAACAUUUCUGCAAUUGAGACCUUGAACGAAGCUAAAAAGGCUUUAAAGAGGGAAGCCACCACGCGUCAGUAUGAGCUGACUGAAUAUAAGAGAUACUACAACAUUCUGUAUAAGCUGUCGCCUCCAGAGUGGCGUGAGGCUCAGGAGGCUAAAGUCCAGUCUGAUGGAGACACUAAGCAGGGUGUGAAGUCCAGUCCAGGUAGAGAGCUGCCUUCCAUCAGAGAGCCCACCAUGUCCUCCGCCCACAGCCACACACUAGCUUGCAGUGUGCCCCUCCUGCAGGAGAAGUCGGAGCUUUACUUCUCCGACCCCCAGCAGCUGCUGGAUGUGAGGAUGGAGCUGACAGCUCAGACCUUGUCCCUGAUCGAUCACUCUACCAGGGCAGAUAAGACAGUGGAGAAGCUCCGGCAGGCUAAAGAGACGACCUUGAAGAAAAAUGAGGAGGAGGAUAGGAAGAUGACAAUGCAGGUAAAUGACAUGAAGGACAGACUGGAUCAAGAGAAGGAGAGAGUUGCAAAUCUCCAAAGGAAGGUUCAGCUCUAUGACUCAUUAAAAGCAACGGACCAGGAUGUGAUGUUGGAUGCUCUGGAUGUGAAGGUGACAGAUGUGUAUAGCUGCUGCGUGGAUAGGCGCCUGACCAACCUCACCGCCUUAGAGAAGCUGUCCAUCUUUGAGUACCGGAUGUAUUCACUGCUCCAGCAAAUUGAGAAGAUGCCUGAGGACGUGUUGAAGGCACUGAGGCAGAUCAAGGACAGUAAAAGGAAACACAGGCUGCUGGAAGAAAAGCUGAGACUGGAGAGAGAGAAGCAGAGAGAAAUGAUGGAGAAGUGCAGAAAGCGAUCACAGUGUGACCCCCACAAAAAAAGUGGAAGAAAGCUCCUGCCUAGAUGCAUUCCUGUUCAGAGGAAGAUCCAAGUCAGCGAAGACGACAGCACUGCUGAGGAAGAACUCCGUGCCUACCUCUUCACUGAGGACGUAUAGUAGAAAAUAAAUCAACUAGAGAUGUCCCAGUCUGAUCUCAACAACUCAGUUUCAGUAUUCAGUAUUUUUUCACAGAGCCAUGUUGAGCACAUCUGAUCCUUUGUCAGCUGUACCAAUAAACUUGGUUUCAACCAA